AGAACGUCUACUUUGAGACAACACACUAUAUGUUCCAGCUAUCAUAAGCCCCUUACUAAGUACAUUAAACUCAUUCAGCGGUUCCCCUCUGGCGAUUCGCAAUGCCGUCAACUCAAAAGGGGCCUCCCUCCUCGCCGUCCGCCGCUCCCUUCGGCGCAUCCAGUCAAGUCAACUCUAACCUUUUCAAUCGGUGCUUGACACGUCUAGCGAUCAAGAUCAUCAAAAGGUUUCGAACCCAAGAAGGGAAUGUCCUCAUGCUGACGGGUGGGAUAUGCAUUAAGUAUAGUCGCCGCGUGCAGUUGGCCGAAGCGUCAACACUGCGAUUCAUCUCGCAAAAUACAUCCAUCCCGGUUCCAAAGAUCUUCUGUGCAUUCACACGUUCUGGAGUGACGUACAUUGUGAUGGAAAGGAUCAAAGGAGAUAUCAUUGGCAACGGCUGGGUAAGACGAAGUGAGGAACCAAAAGCCAAGCUUCUCUCAGCUCUAGCAAGAAUGAUCCGCGAGAUGCGGGAUCUCCGGCCCCCCGAAGGCAUGGGGGUUGCUUCAGUGGAUGGUGGAUCGUUACAUGACUGCCGUAUACCAGGCCCUUCUUUGGAUUUCGGGCCCUUUGCCACAAUUCAGGACUUUCAUCGUCAUUUACGCAUGGGAUUGGAGUUUAGUCCUAGACUUCACGUUGAUGCCCAGGAACUCAUCAAACAACAACAAAGCAAAUCUUGGCCGUUGGCCUUUACUCAUGGUGACCUCAGCAGCCUUAAUAUUCUUGUUCGCGAAGACGAUAUCGUCGGAAUCAUUGACUGGGAGACUGCUGGUUGGUACCCGUCAUAUUGGGAAUACACUUCUGCCUACCAGGUCAACCCCCAGAACUCCUUCUGGGUCCAUGAGAUUGACAAGUUUCUGGAGGCAAUGCCUGAAGAACUGGCUAUGGAACGACUCCGUCAGAAAUGGUUUGGAGACGUCUGAAGUCAUCUUGGACCGUGCGUUAUGCAAUGAUCUCCUUCCCCUCCAUCAAACGUAGAAACAAUUGAGCGCUUCGGGAGACUAUUUGCUGUAAUUGUCUUGGAGGGAGGGCGCUGAUUUCGGCCUCCUAAAGUGUGU